AUGAAUGAUUACGACUCGAUUGUUUUUGUGUUCCUGUAUGCCUGGUAUGGUGCUAACGAACCUGCGCUAUUUCUCCAAGCCAUCCACACCUACAAGAUCACCAUGUUGAAUCUCGUCCCCGCCCUCGUAGUAUUCCUGGCCAAGCACCCUCUAGUAUCCCAGUAUGACCUAAGUUCCCUCAAGAUGAUCCUCUGCGGAGCGGCUCCCCUCUCCAAAGACAUCGCUGAUCAAGUGCUGAAACGACUACCUCACGUUCAAUCUGUCCGGACCGCUUACGGAAUGAGUGAAUCUACGCUGGGAGCACUGUCGAACUCGUUUGCCACCACCAAGCCUGGAAGUGUUGGACGAGCGCAGAAAACGGCGUGGAUCAAGGUCGUAGACAUCGACAAUGUCUCGAACAACCUCGGACCAAACCAAGUAGGCGAGAUUUGCAUCAAGGGACCGCUCGUCAUGAAAGGAUACUACAAAAACUCGGAGGCAACCAAGCAGGCCAUCGAUCCGACGGGUUGGUUACACACCGGAGACACCGGCUACUACGAUGAGGAUGGGUUCUUUUUCGUGGUCGAUCGGAUCAAGGACCUGAUCAAGUACAAGGGUUUCCAGGUGGCGCCGGCCGAGAUCGAAGCGGUUCUGCUGAGCCAUUCGGCGAUCGCCGACGCUGCCGUUGUGGGAAUUCCGGACGAAGCCAGCGGGGAAGUUCCGGCUGCUUUCGUAGUGCUUCAGCCUGGACAAGCGGUGACGGCUGAGCAGGUUGGCAACUUUGUUGCGGCCAAGUUAUCCCCAGCGAAGCAUCUUCGGGGAGGCGUUUUCUUCGUUGAUGAGAUACCCAAGACUGGAAGUGGCAAAAUUCUGAGGAGAGAGCUUCGCAAGCGGAUUGGCUCGACGAAGGCAAAGCUGUAAUUACUCGUCACAUCGAAUAAAAUAUUUUUAUAUCAAAUCAAUACAUUGACUAAUUGAGUGUAAAAUUCCCAGAACAGAAUCAAACUUCAGCAUAUCAAUAAAAUUUAUUAAUUUA